AUGUUGUCCUCUUUGGUAUUCCUCGUCGGUGCUUUAGUCAUUGCCAGUCAAGUUUUCCGCUUCCUAGAGUUUCUCUGGUUCUACCUCCUCAAACCCUCGUCGGUGCAGAAGUACCUUCAUGGGCCUGCACCCUACGCCAUCGUUACCGGCGCGUCUGAUGGCAUUGGCAAGGCGGUCGCACACGAGCUGUUUGCCAAGGGCUUCAACUUGAUCAUUCACGGGCGUAACGAGGACAAAGUCCGCAAGGUUGUCGAUGAGCUCAAGACUCGACGCAGCGGCGACGUACGCUACUUCAUCGCAGACGCUGCGAAGGGCGGACACGACUUCACCCAGCUGAUCAAGCCGUUUGCCGACUUGAACGUCACGCUCGUGGUCCAGAAUGUCGGCGGGGCAUACAUGGCCAAGGAAAGGAUUGAUGAUUCCAGUGACACAGCACUGGUCGAGCUCGUCGCCUGGAAUGAUUUCUUCCCCUUACUCCUCACCCGUGCGCUCCUCCCUAAAUUGCGGACCACCGCCCAGCACGGACCUGUCCUCGUGCAGUUUGUCGGAUCGCACGCUGCGACCGCAGCGCCGCCAACCCUCUCUGUUUAUGCGGCCACCAAGGGAUUCCUCGCCGUGCUCACGCGCGGCCUCGACAACGACGAGCGCCGCUGGGGCACCCCGUCCGGCGUGGAGUUUGAGUACCUCGCAGUCGCGUCGGUCGCUACGGCCGGCAACCCGCAGAACGUGACGAUGUCUGCUCCCAGCGCGGAGCAAUUCGGGAGGGCGUUGGUGAACAAGGCUGGGUGUGGAAAGAGGUACUACACACCGUGGAUGGCGCAUGCGAUCAUGGUCUGGGCGGUUGGACUGCUGCCUGAGGGGGUGGUCGAUGGGUUUGUUGCACAGAUGAUGAGGAAGCAGCACGAGGAGCGGCAGAAGAAGGCAUAA